CCGGGCCCGACCUGCGCGGCCUGCGGCUUCCGGGGGAACUCGAGGGCCGCGGCCGGGCCUGGCUCUGCCCGCGGCCUGCUCGGAGCUGGACCGGAGCAGUUUGGGGAGCCGAGCCCGGCGAAGAGGCUUUUAAAAAAAAAACCAUGGCAGAUGUGGAUCCGGAUACACUGCUGGAAUGGCUGCAGAUGGGACAGGGAGAUGAAAGGGACAUGCAACUAAUAGCCCUUGAACAGCUAUGCAUGCUGCUUUUGAUGUCCGACAACGUGGAUCGUUGUUUUGAAACAUGUCCUCCUCGCACUUUCUUACCAGCCCUCUGCAAAAUUUUUCUUGAUGAAAGUGCUCCAGACAAUGUGUUAGAGGUGACAGCUCGAGCCAUAACAUACUACCUGGAUGUAUCUGCAGAAUGUACCCGAAGGAUUGUUGGGGUAGAUGGAGCUAUAAAAGCACUUUGUAAUCGUUUGGUUGUGGUUGAACUUAACAACAGGACUAGCAGAGACUUAGCAGAACAAUGUGUAAAAGUGUUGGAACUGAUAUGCACCCGUGAGUCUGGAGCAGUUUUUGAGGCUGGUGGUUUGAAUUGUGUGCUUACCUUCAUUCGUGACAGCGGACACCUCGUUCACAAAGAUACCUUACACUCUGCAAUGGCUGUGGUAUCAAGACUCUGUGGCAAAAUGGAACCUCAAGAUUCUUCUUUAGAAAUUUGUGUAGAAUCUCUGUCUAGUUUACUAAAACAUGAAGAUCAUCAGGUUUCAGAUGGAGCUCUACGAUGUUUUGCCUCACUAGCAGACCGAUUUACUCGUCGUGGUGUUGACCCAGCUCCUUUAGCCAAACAUGGAUUAACUGAGGAACUCUUAUCUCGAAUGGCAGCUGCUGGUGGUACUGUAUCAGGACCCUCAUCAGCAUGCAAACCAGGUCGCAGCACCACUGGAGCCCCUUCCACAACUGCAGACUCCAAAUUGAGUAACCAAGUGUCAACGAUUGUAAGUUUGCUCUCAACGCUUUGCAGAGGCUCUCCAGUAGUAACACACGAUCUCCUGAGGUCAGAGCUUCCAGAUUCAAUUGAGAGUGCAUUACAGGGUGAUGAAAGAUGUGUGCUUGAUACCAUGCGUUUGGUUGAUCUUCUGUUGGUGCUAUUAUUUGAAGGACGAAAGGCUUUGCCUAAGUCUAGUGCUGGAUCUACAGGCAGAAUCCCAGGACUUCGGAGAUUGGAUAGUUCUGGGGAGCGUUCCCAUCGGCAGCUUAUAGACUGUAUUCGAAGUAAAGAUACUGAUGCACUUAUAGAUGCAAUUGACACAGGAGCCUUUGAAGUAAACUUUAUGGAUGAUGUGGGUCAGACUUUACUAAACUGGGCCUCUGCUUUUGGAACUCAGGAAAUGGUAGAAUUUCUUUGUGAGAGAGGUGCUGAUGUUAAUAGGGGUCAAAGGUCAUCAUCAUUACAUUAUGCUGCCUGUUUUGGAAGACCUCAAGUAGCAAAGACUCUGUUAAGGCAUGGUGCAAAUCCAGAUUUAAGAGAUGAAGAUGGGAAAACUCCAUUAGAUAAAGCUCGCGAAAGGGGCCAUAGUGAAGUUGUAGCUAUUCUUCAAUCUCCUGGUGACUGGAUGUGUCCAGUUAAUAAAGGAGAUGAUAAGAAAAAGAAAGAUACAAAUAAGGAUGAAGAAGAAUGUAAUGAGCCCAAAGGAGAUCCCGAAAUGGCACCAAUAUACUUGAAAAGGUUAUUGCCAGUGUUUGCACAAACAUUUCAGCAAACCAUGCUGCCUUCAAUAAGGAAAGCAAGUCUUGCUCUAAUCCGAAAAAUGAUUCAUUUUUGCUCUGAAGCACUGUUAAAAGAAGUUUGUGACUCUGAUGUUGGUCAUAAUUUGCCUACAGUAUUAGUGGAAAUCACUGCAACUGUUCUUGAUCAAGAGGAUGAUGAUGAUGGCCACUUGCUUGCUUUGCAGAUCAUAAGAGAUUUAGUAGAUAAAGGUGGUGAUAUUUUUUUGGAUCAGCUAGCCAGACUUGGUGUAAUUAGCAAAGUAUCAACUUUGGCAGGUCCUUCCUCUGAUGAUGAAAAUGAAGAGGAGUCAAAACCAGAAAAAGAAGAUGAACCACAGGAAGAUGCUAAAGAAUUGCAGCAAGGUAAACCCUAUCAUUGGAGAGACUGGUCAAUCAUUAGGGGAAGGGACUGCUUAUAUAUUUGGAGUGAUGCUGCAGCUCUGGAAUUAUCUAAUGGCAGUAAUGGAUGGUUCAGAUUUAUCCUGGAUGGAAAACUUGCUACCAUGUAUUCAAGUGGUAGCCCUGAAGGUGGAUCAGAUAGUUCAGAAAGCAGAAGUGAAUUCCUAGAGAAACUACAAAGAGCUCGAGGGCAAGUAAAGCCAUCUACUUCAAGUCAACCUAUACUAUCAGCACCAGGACCCACUAAACUUACUGUUGGGAAUUGGUCACUAACAUGCUUAAAAGAAGGAGAAAUUGCCAUUCAUAACUCAGAUGGUCAGCAGGCCACAAUAUUGAAAGAAGAUUUACCUGGUUUUGUAUUUGAAUCUAAUAGAGGAACCAAACAUUCAUUUACUGCAGAAACUUCUCUGGGUUCAGAAUUUGUGACUGGCUGGACUGGGAAAAGAGGCAGAAAACUGAAAUCUAAAUUGGAAAAAACAAAGCAAAAGGUACGAACUAUGGCUCGAGAUUUAUAUGAUGAUCACUUUAAAGCUGUUGAAAGCAUGCCUCGAGGAGUAGUGGUAACACUGAGAAACAUAGCAACUCAGUUAGAGUCAUCUUGGGAGCUUCAUACGAAUAGACAAUGUAUUGAAGGUGAGAACACUUGGCGAGAUUUAAUGAAGACAGCUUUAGAAAACCUAAUUGUACUUUUGAAGGAUGAAAACACAAUUUCACCAUAUGAAAUGUGCAGUAGUGGUUUAGUACAAGCACUUCUUACUGUUUUAAACAACAGCAUGGAUUUGGAUAUGAAGCAAGAUUGUAGUCAACUGGUAGAAAGAAUAAAUGUUUUCAAAACAGCCUUUAGUGAAAAUGAAGAUGAUGAAAGUCGACCAGCAGUUGCAUUAAUUCGAAAGUUAAUAGCUGUACUAGAAUCAAUUGAACGACUACCUCUCCAUUUGUAUGAUACACCAGGAUCCACAUAUAACCUCCAGAUACUUACAAGAAGAUUGCGUUUUCGCUUGGAACGUGCACCUGGUGAAACUGCACUGAUUGAUCGGACUGGCAGAAUGUUAAAGAUGGAACCACUAGCUACUGUAGAAUCUCUAGAACAGUAUCUCUUGAAGAUGGUAGCAAAGCAGUGGUAUGAUUUUGACCGAUCUUCAUUUGUUUUUGUUCGAAAACUAAGAGAAGGCCAAAAUUUUAUAUUUAGACACCAGCAUGAUUUUGAUGAAAAUGGAAUCAUUUACUGGAUUGGUACAAACGCAAAAACUGCCUAUGAAUGGGUUAAUCCUGCUGCCUAUGGACUUGUUGUAGUAACAUCAUCAGAAGGACGAAAUCUACCAUAUGGUCGAUUGGAAGACAUACUAAGUCGUGAUAAUUCAGCCUUAAAUUGUCAUAGCAAUGAUGAUAAGAAUGCCUGGUUUGCUAUAGAUCUGGGUCUCUGGGUGAUACCAUCAGCAUAUACACUUCGUCAUGCUCGUGGUUAUGGAAGAUCUGCACUAAGAAAUUGGGUUUUCCAGGUAUCCAAAGAUGGACAGAACUGGACUUCUUUGUAUACCCAUGUUGAUGACUGCAGUCUCAAUGAACCAGGAUCAACUGCGACCUGGCCUCUCGAUUCGCCAAAGGAUGAAAAACAAGGGUGGCGACAUGUGAGAAUUAAACAGAUGGGGAAGAAUGCUAGUGGUCAAACACACUACCUCUCACUAUCUGGCUUUGAACUUUAUGGCACUGUGAAUGGAGUAUGUGAAGAUCAACUAGGGAAAGCAGCUAAGGAGGCAGAAGCUAAUCUUAGAAGACAGAGACGUCUAGUACGCUCACAGGUUCUGAAAUACAUGGUUCCAGGAGCACGUGUCAUCAGAGGCCUUGAUUGGAAAUGGCGAGAUCAAGAUGGCAGCCCACAGGGAGAAGGCACUGUCACAGGAGAACUACAUAAUGGCUGGAUUGAUGUCACCUGGGAUGCUGGUGGCUCAAACUCUUACCGUAUGGGCGCAGAAGGAAAAUUUGACCUCAAGCUUGCACCAGGGUACGACCCUGAUACAGUGGCAUCACCCAAACCUGUUUCAUCCACUGUUUCAGGCACAACGCAAUCAUGGAGCAGCUUGGUGAAAAACAACUGUCCAGACAAGACAUCUGCUGCUGCAGGCUCCUCAAGUAGAAAAGGAAGCAGCAGUUCUGUGUGUAGCGUGGCCAGUAGCAGCGACAUCAGCUUGGGUUCGACCAAAACGGAACGGAGAUCAGAAAUUGUAAUGGAACACAGUAUAGUUUCAGGAGCUGAUGUCCAUGAGCCAAUUGUUGUUCUUUCAUCUGCUGAAAACGUCCCUCAAACAGAAGUAGGGUCAUCUUCCAGUGCAAGCACAAGCACCUUAACAGCGGAAACGGGAAGUGAAAAUGUUGAAAGGAAGUUAGGCCCUGAUAGUUCUGUUCGUACUCCUGGGGAGUCUAGUGCAAUAUCCAUGGGAAUUGUUAGUGUUAGUUCUCCUGAUGUUAGUUCAGUAUCUGAAUUAACUAAUAAAGAAGCAGCUUCACAACGACCCCUUAGCUCUUCAGCAAGUAACAGACUGUCAGUGAGUUCUUUGUUGGCUGCUGGGGCCCCUAUGAGCUCUAGUGCAAGUGUACCUAACCUGUCCUCAAGAGAAACAUCUAGCUUGGAGAGUUUUGUAAGGAGAGUGGCAAACAUAGCACGGACUAAUGCCACGAACAACAUGAAUCUAAGCCGAAGCAGCAGUGAUAACAACACUAAUACUUUGGGGAGGAAUGUGAUGAGCACAGCAACUUCUCCUCUUAUGGGUGCUCAGAGUUUUCCUAAUCUGACCACACCUGGCACUACAUCAACAGUGACCAUGUCAACAUCCAGUGUUACAAGCAGCAGCAAUGUAGCUACCGCAACGACAGUUUUAUCAGUGGGUCAGUCAUUAAGUAAUACUUUAACCACCAGCCUCACAUCAACCUCUAGUGAGAGUGACACAGGUCAGGAAGCAGAAUAUUCCUUAUAUGAUUUUCUUGAUAGCUGCCGUGCUAGUACUCUGUUAGCUGAACUCGAUGAUGAUGAGGAUUUACCUGAGCCUGAUGAAGAAGAUGAUGAGAAUGAAGAUGACAAUCAAGAGGACCAAGAAUACGAGGAGGUUAUGAUUCUAAGACGUCCAUCUCUGCAGCGUCGAGCUGGCUCUCGCUCUGAUGUAACACACCAUGCUGUCACCUCCCAACUACCGCAGGUCCCCCCUGGAGCAGGAAGCCGACCUAUUGGGGAGCAGGAAGAAGAAGAGUAUGAAACGAAAGGAGGACGCCGGAGAACGUGGGAUGAUGAUUAUGUGCUAAAGCGGCAAUUUUCUGCUCUAGUCCCGGCUUUUGAUCCUAGGCCAGGUCGUACUAAUGUCCAGCAGACAACUGACCUAGAAAUUCCACCUCCAGGAACACCUCAUUCAGAGCUUUUGGAAGAAGUUGAAUGUACUCCCUCACCUCGAUUAGCCCUCACUUUGAAAGUAACUGGUCUUGGAACAACUCGUGAAGUUGAAUUGCCACUCACCAAUUUCAGAUCAACCAUCUUUUAUUAUGUCCAAAAAUUACUUCAGUUGUCCUGUAAUGGCAAUGUGAAAUCAGAUAAACUUAGGCGUAUUUGGGAGCCAACAUACACGAUCAUGUACAGAGAAAUGAAGGAUUCAGACAAGGAAAAGGAAAGUGGAAAAAUGGGCUGCUGGUCUGUAGAGCAUGUGGAACAGUACCUUGGCACUGAUGAAUUACCAAAGAAUGACUUGAUAACCUACCUGCAGAAGAAUGCAGAUGCCGCUUUCCUGCGUCACUGGAAAUUAACUGGCACUAAUAAAAGCAUUAGGAAAAACAGAAAUUGUUCUCAGCUCAUAGCUGCAUAUAAGGAUUUUUGUGAGCAUGGAACAAAGUCUGGAUUAAACCAGGGUGCCAUAUCUACUCUUCAAAGUAGUGACAUUCUUAAUUUGACAAAAGAACAACCUCAGGCUAAAGCAGGAAAUGGACAGAACUCUUGUGGAGUGGAAGAUGUCCUUCAGCUUCUGCGUAUUUUGUAUAUAGUUGCAAGUGACCCUUACUCAAGAAUAUCCCAAGAAGAUGGUGAUGAGCAACCUCAGUUUAUUUUUCCACCAGAUGAAUUUACUAGCAAAAAAAUCACAACAAAAAUUUUGCAGCAGAUUGAGGAACCUUUGGCUUUAGCAAGUGGAGCUCUGCCAGACUGGUGUGAACAAUUAACCAGCAAGUGCCCUUUUCUAAUACCUUUUGAAACUAGACAGCUUUAUUUCACAUGUACAGCAUUUGGUGCAUCAAGAGCAAUAGUGUGGUUACAAAACCGACGUGAAGCCACUGUGGAACGAACAAGGACCACAAGCAGUGUAAGGCGAGAUGAUCCUGGAGAAUUUAGAGUUGGUCGUCUCAAGCAUGAACGAGUAAAAGUCCCACGUGGGGAAUCACUGAUGGAAUGGGCUGAGAAUGUCAUGCAAAUACAUGCAGAUCGGAAGUCAGUUCUAGAGGUUGAAUUUUUAGGAGAAGAAGGAACUGGCUUGGGACCCACGUUAGAGUUCUAUGCUCUAGUGGCAGCAGAGUUCCAGAGAACUGACUUGGGAGCUUGGCUUUGUGAUGAUAACUUUCCAGACGAUGAAUCUCGUCAAGUGGACCUUGGAGGUGGGUUGAAACCUCCUGGUUACUACGUGCAGAGGUCUUGCGGACUGUUCACAGCACCAUUCCCACAGGAUAGUGAUGAGCUUGAAAGGAUCACAAAACUCUUUCACUUCCUUGGCAUUUUCUUGGCUAAGUGUAUUCAAGACAAUAGACUUGUGGACUUACCUAUUUCUAAGCCCUUCUUUAAACUUAUGUGUAUGGGUGACAUUAAAAGCAAUAUGAGUAAACUGAUUUAUGAAUCACGAGGUGAUAGAGAUUUACACUGCACUGAAAGUCAGUCUGAAGCAUCUACAGAAGAAGGCCACGAUUCACUCUCAGUAGGAAGCUUUGAAGAGGAUUCAAAAUCCGAAUUUAUUCUUGAUCCCCCUAAGCCCAAACCCCCAGCUUGGUUUAAUGGAAUUUUAACUUGGGAAGACUUUGAACUUGUAAAUCCACACAGAGCCAGAUUUUUAAAAGAAAUUAAGGACCUUGCUAUCAAGAGACGCCAGAUUUUAAGCAACAAAAGUCUUUCUGAAGAUGAGAAGAACACAAAAUUGCAGGAACUAGUACUGAAGAAUCCUUCAGGUUCUGGUCCUCCACUUAGCAUAGAGGAUUUAGGAUUAAAUUUCCAGUUUUGCCCUUCCUCUAGAAUAUAUGGUUUUACAGCUGUGGAUCUGAAGCCAAGUGGUGAAGAUGAGAUGAUAACAAUGGAUAAUGCAGAAGAGUAUGUGGAUUUGAUGUUUGACUUUUGUAUGCAUACAGGUAUUCAGAAACAGAUGGAAGCCUUUAGAGAUGGCUUUAACAAAGUUUUUCCAAUGGAGAAGUUAAGUUCCUUCAGCCAUGAGGAAGUCCAGAUGAUUCUUUGUGGAAACCAGUCACCUUCCUGGGCCGCAGAAGAUAUUAUCAAUUACACUGAACCUAAACUAGGUUACACCCGUGACAGCCCUGGUUUCCUGAGGUUUGUGCGAGUUUUAUGUGGCAUGUCUUCAGAUGAGAGGAAAGCAUUCCUGCAGUUUACCACUGGUUGCUCAACUCUACCCCCAGGUGGACUGGCUAACCUCCAUCCUAGACUCACAGUUGUACGAAAGGUUGAUGCUACUGACGCAAGCUAUCCAUCAGUCAAUACAUGUGUGCAUUACCUUAAGUUGCCCGAAUAUUCUUCUGAGGAGAUCAUGAGAGAACGAUUGCUAGCUGCUACAAUGGAGAAAGGCUUUCAUCUCAAUUGAGUUCUGAAGUAAAACGGGAGUCAUCAGAGACUUACAAUUCUAGUGAAGCCUCUUGUGUUUGUGUGCAGAGAAGUGUGAUCCUCCACGCUAACGACACUUGCCUUUUUUCCCACCAUUAAGGCUUUAAGAACAUGUGGAAUAAGUUUGUUAGCUGCUAAUGACAAAAAAAAAAAAAAAUCCUGUAACUACCCAGCCAGCAGAUAUAUUGCACAGGACAGGACACUGUGUUGAUUCACAAGGGCUCAUGUGACUGGAAAAGAUAGUCCCACUCACCGACUGUUCCAAAGAGCAGCUUCUCAGAUCUUCAGUGUUCACUGGUAAAUUUCUAACAGUGUAUUUGUGUAAAGUUUGUUAUUUCAUAUUCCAUACACUACAGUUGCCAUCACUGAUCCCCCGUUUUGCUGACUUUGAAGCUACUUCAUCAAAAAUCCUGCUUCCUUAAGACAUAGAGAGUUAAUGAGCAUCUCAAGCUUUUUCUUUUCCUUUUUAAUGAUGCCUGCACUAUUCUAGUAUUCUCUCUUUCGUUUGGCAUAUAAUCAUGCACAACCUUUUUAUUUCUUUGAGGUGGGAGUAUAUUUUUAUUUCCUAAAUGCCAUACUAUAAAGAUCAAAUUAAGUGUGUUUGUGCAGCUCAAAAAUAAAAGAUAUAUUAAGGGAGGGGGAAACACUGGUCUAGGUGCAAGGCACACUUGAAGCAAGUUUUAUGUUUGGUUGUAUUUUCUUUGUAUAUUAUAAACAUUUAUUUAAACUUGUUGCAGUUUGAAGUAAAUUUCCAAAAUGUAUGCUCAACAAUAAUCAUUAAAAUGUUUGCAGCGUACA